GCACCCCGGCAGCAGCUCCGGCAUCCCGCGCUCCGGCAUCCCGUGCUCCGGCAUCCACGCAGCUCGGUGCUCCGACAUCCCUGAAGCUCCGGACUCCGCUGUCCCAGGAACUGAGCUCCCUGGAACUCCGCUCCGCUGAGCCCGGCUCCUCCAUCACUCGGUACUCCGGCAUCCCGGGAACUCUGUACUCCACCAACCCGGGAACUCCGCUGCUCUGACCGCUGGUCCCAGCUCCUCGGGAAUUCGGAGCCGCGCUCCGCUCAUCGCGGCUCUUCCACCGCCCGGCGUCCCAGCUCCCGGGGCACUGCCCGGCAGCCCCUCUCCGCUGUGCCCGGCCGCUCCGUAUCCAGGCACGCCGGCUCGCCAGCAGCUCCCAUCCACAGCAUCCCGGUGAUUAUUCCCCAGCACCCACCAUCGCUGGGCUCCCUGGCGCUCCAGCUCGCCCUUAGCCCCGCUCCUCGGGGUCUCCUGGCCCUGCGCAUCCCCGCCUUGCCCCGGUGCCCCCGGCUGUCCCGGCCGCAGAGCCGCGCUGCCCCCCGGCCCCGCGGCCCCCCGAGGACGCGGCCAUGGCGUUCAUGGUGAAGAGCAUGGUGGGGGGGCAGCUGAAGAACCUCACGGGCGGCCUGGGCGGCGAGGAGAAGAGCGAGGGCGAGAAGUCUCCGGCCGAGGCGCAGGGCAUGACCCGCGAGGAGUACGAGGAAUAUCAGCGGCAGCUGGUGGAGGAGAAGAUGGAGAGAGAUGCCCAGUUUGCCCAGCGCAAGGCGGAGAGAGCCACGGUCAGGUCCCACUUCCGAGACAAGUACAGGCUCCCCAAGAACGAGACGGAUGACAACCAGAUCCAGCUGGUGGGAGGUGACGUGGAGCUGCCCAAGGAGCUGGCCAAGAUGAUUGAGCAGGACAACGAGGAGGAGGAGGAGAAGAACUCGGUUAUCGGCCAGCUCAGCAACAUCCAGAACCUGGACCUUGAUUCCUUGAAGGACAAAGCUUCGGCCACGCUAGAGGACCUGAAGCAAUCGGCCGAGAAAUGCUCCGUGAUGUGAUGGGGCUGAGCGGGGAGGGGACGCAGCGCAGGGUCCGGCGGGGGCUGCCGCCUGCAGCGGGGCCCGCAGCCACGUUGUCACCCUGGCCGUGUGUCACUCGGGUCCUCCUGAGCCGCGGGACCCCUCGAGCCCCUGACCCAGACGUCCCUGAUGUGUGGUUCUCGUUUCGUUCUCCGGGCUGAGGUUAGAGCCAAGAGCCAGCAUGUCCCCCUCGUACCCCUCCCGUGCCCGGGCAGGGGGUGUCCACCGCCCAGGAGAGCCCAGGAGGCUGCAGGGAAGGAGAGCGACCUUGGGGUGUCAUUGACCUUGGGGUGUCAUUGACCUUGGGGUGGCGGCCACACGCUCUGCCUCCACUCGGCUUCCUAGAAAUGACCGGGAGGCUCCGGUUUGCCUCGCAAGGACGAGGCAGGGUGUGGAACACCCCCCUCCCUGCGUCCCGUUCCCAUCACCCGAGACACGACAUCCCAUCCCCGUAAGGAACACCAGCCCCUGUGCCCUUGAGGGCCCCUCUGAAGGAGCCGGCCGGGAAGGACCUGCCAUACGAUCCCGCUCGUCCCCGUGCGAAGGGGGGUGCUGAAGCCCCAAGUGACACCAGAGAGGAACAAACGCCCUCCCCGGUGCUGAGCUGAGCCCUUCCCCGGAGCAGUGGUGUCCCCCUCCUGGGAUGGGAUCCUGUCUUUGUUCCUUCCAGGAGAAGAACAAAGCGACGAGGGAAUAUCUCCCCGUCCUCCCGCUCGUCGUGCUGUAGUUGUGCUGUGCUCGGUUGAGUGUCCCUCACCUCCUGUGCUGUCCCCGUGCCAUGGUACUGUUAUAACCGGUGGAAUAAAUACCAGGAGAUGUCUAUGCA